UACACGGUUUCAUUAACUUCCAACUGGUUCUGUUUCCAACAUGCUUAAAAUGUUUUAUUUGUACUGAAUUUGUUUUACUAGUUCGUUUCCCCUAAGAUUCUGUAAAAGCUUCGGGCUCCAUAAAGUGUUUCUGAUCUUAUCCACCAGGUGGCGCCUGGGAGACGUCCCAUAAAUCCCCGCACUUGCGCAUGCGCUCAGAGCCGAAACAAACGGAUUCAAGAUGGAGGUGCAUGUUGUUGCUCCGAGCAUCAGGUUCAGGUCGAGUUGUGAGUUUCCACCUGGUUCGGUAGUCGGAGACGUUCUGGACCGCUUUGUCCCGCAGCAGAACUUCUACGUCACCACCAACGGCCGUCUGUCCGGGCCGGAGGAGCGGCUGCAGCAUGGAGCGGUCUAUCACCUGGAGGCCCGGCUCUGCGGAGGGAAGGGAGGUUUCGGCUCCAUGCUGCGGGCUCUUGGAGCGCAGAUCGAGAAGACCACCAACAGGGAGGCCUGCAGAGACCUGAGCGGACGGCGCCUCCGGGACGUCAACCACGAGAAAGAGAUGGCGGACUGGCUGAAGAAGCAGGCGGAGCGCGAGGCGGAGAAGGAGCAGCGGCGCCUGGAGCGGCUGCAGAGGAAGCUGGCCGAGCCCAAACACCAGUUCACCGACCCGCAGUACCGGCAGCAGUGCCACGACCUGAGCGAGAGGCUGGAGGACUCGGUUCUGAAAGGUGACGGGUCAGAACCGGUGACGGGUCAGAACCGGUGGCAGCGCGGUGACGGCGUGUGUGUUGCAGGUCUGCAGGCGUCCUCCGGCGCUCAGGUGACGGCGGGAGACGCCUCGGCCGCCAAGAGGCCCGCUUUGGAUCAGAACCGGGCCCCGCUGGAGAAAAAGAGGAAGACGGCCGCAGCGGCAGCCGGGUUCUGGACCGGGCUGGAGGAGCUGCUGAGUUCUGAUGAUGAGGAAGAGGAUGAAGAUGAUGAUGAUGAUGGUGGUUCCCCGCCCAGCAGCACAGGCGGUACCGGCACCAUGACGACCCACCCAGAACCCAGCAGCAGGCAUGUUGGUCUUUUCCUCAGAACCGGCUCGUCUGACUGUGGCUCCGCUUCGGCCCGCCCAGCCACCAGAACCUCAGACCAGAGACCCGGACCUCCAACAGAACCGGCCGAGGACCAGAGACCCGGACCUCCAACGGAACCGGCCGAGGACCAGAGACCCGGACCUCCAACAGAACCGGCCGAGGACCAGAGACCCGGACCUCCAACGGAACCGGCCGAGGACCAGAGACCCGGACCUCCAGCGGAACCGGCCGAGGACCAGAGACCCGGACCUCCAACAGAACCGGCCGAGGACCAGAGACCCGGUCCUCCAACGGAACCGGCCGUUGGUCCGUCUGAGGAGCCAGAACCGGCCGAGGACCAGAGACCCGGACCUCCAGCGGAACCGGCCGAGGACCAGAGACCCGGACCUCCAGCGGAACCGGCCGAGGACCAGAGACCCGGACCUCCAGCGGAACCGGCCGUUGGUCCGCCUGAGGAGCCAGAACCGGCCGUUGGACCGUCAGAGGAGCCAGAACCGGCGCAGAGCAGCAGGGAACCCCAACAGCAGCUGGACCUGUCCCAGGUGACGUGCGUCCAGCACCUGGAGUCUCUGGGUCUGGACCUCCUGAAGCAGGAACUGGGUCGGCGGGGGCUGAAGUGCGGGGGAACGCUGUCGGAACGCGCCGCCCGGCUCUUCGCUGUCAGAGGACUGAGUCCGGACCGGAUCGACCCGGCGCUGCUCGCCCGGCCCGCCAAGGCCAAGAAGAAGUAGAGGACGUUGGAACGAUGCAGAACCUCCUGUCUGGAGUAAAGCUGCGGGUCCAGACAGGAGGUUCUGAUCCGGAACAGAACCAAACGUGAGAUGUUGGAAUCGUUUUAUUGAAACCGGGUCAACACGGGUCACAUGUCUGUAAAUUGUUUUCAUUAAAGUCCAACUUUGAAUAAA